UGGGCUGCCGUGAGUGAGGCAGCAGGAGGUUGGCGUCAGCUGCUGCCGGCUGCUGUGUGCUGCCAUGAGCGGCCGGUGGCCAGAGUGAGUGGCUGGCAGCUGGUGAGAGCUGCCGUGAGAUGCUGUGAGCAGCUGAUUGACUGGCGACCAAUUGCCUCAUCUGGGGGGGAGUGAAAGGCCGGCGGGCGCGCAAGGCUCAUCAUACCAGCCUGGGCCAGGGAGCUGUGUCCUACACAACUAGACUGAGGAACAAGGACUUGAACCGGAGGAGGGAGGUGGGGGGAGGCGAAAGAAAGGGGGAAAAAACAAAGAAAGCAGAAGCUUUUAUACAGAAGAAUUGUCAAAUACAUCUUAAUAUGUACUUUUUGUACAGGGCUGGCUAGGCGGAGAUUACAGAGAGGAAGAAGACAGACGCAGAUUCUUAGCUUUUGUUUUCUGUUUGUCUUUGAGUUGAGCUGGCAAGUCACAGGUUUGAGCGGAGGAGCCAUCUUUGUCUUUUACCAGUAAAUCAGGAGGAACAAUGGACCAAAAUGAAGGCUGUCACCUGGGACCAUCUAUGAAGAACCAACAUGCCAGAGGAUCAGAGCUCAGAAUCAUCCUGGUGGGCCAAACAGGAACCGGCAAAAGUGCCGCCGGGAACAGCAUCCUUGGGAAGCAAGCAUUUGAGUCACAGCUGCGCGCCCAGCCCUUCACUAAGACUUGCUGUGCAAGUCGGGGAAGCUGGGGAGAGAGAGAGAUGGUCAUUGUUGACACACCAGAUCUGUUUUCUGGGAAGGACCACUCUGAUCCCCUGUACAAAGAGGUACACAGGUGCUACCUGCUCUCGGCGCCGGGCCCCCAUGUGCUGCUCCUGGUGAUGCAGCUGGGCCGAUUCACCGCCCAGGACCAGCAGGCUGCACAGAGGGUGCAGGAGAUCUUUGGGGAGGAGGCCCUGAGACACACAGUUGUCCUCUUCACCCACAAGGAAGACCUGGAAGGAGGCUCCUUGGUGGAUUACAUCCACAACUCAGACAAUGGAGCCCUAAGCGAGCUGGUGGCCGUGUGCGGGGGGCGAGCGUGUGCCUUUAAUAACCGAGCUGAAGGGAGCGAACGUGAUGACCAAGUGAAGGGACUCAUGGACCUGAUUGAGGGCCUGGUGUUGGAGCACAGAGGUGACCACUAUACCAAUGGGCUGUACAGCCUCGUAACAGGGUCAGAAUGUGGACCGGAGCCGGCAGAGGGAACGUUAAAGGACUUCAAAGAGAGUCUCAGAAAGUACAUGGAAACUCAGAGACGUUGCACAACUAUGGCCAACGCAAACUGCCUAAAAAGUGCCCUCAUCAAACUACUACUGGCUAUUUUAGUUUGUAUUAAAAGUUCUGUCAAACUUCUAAUUCUGUUAUUGUGUAUAUUGCUCAGAAUAUGGAAUUUCUUUUACUUACUCUGCAGUAUGUGCAAUUUGUUCUGUACUUUACCAUUAACUAUACUCAGAAAAUUAAUGAGGAUUUCUGGAAAGACCAUUGGUCUAGAAAGCAAGACUCCUAGAUGCUAGCUACGGGUCAGUAAUCACACUCACCGUCAGACAGUGGGGAAUCUCAGUGCCUCCUCGAUAAAGGGCAGUGCCUGACGUCAGUAUUUGAGAUUCUGCAAAGUGUUUAAAUCUUAACAUCACUCAAUUUAUUAAUGAGCCAAAUUGUUUUAGAAGUUACUGUUUAUUUUGAAAUAUAGUACCAAAACCGUCUGAAAGCUGUACACCCAAAAUUCCUCCCAUUUGCAAAUGUCUAAAGCCAGUUUUGUGUUCCUAGAAACUCCUUUUAUUCUUUGAACUAUUACUGUUUCUACAGAAUAUAAUGAAGAUAACCAAAAAUUUCUACUGAAUAAAAUAACAAUAAGAAGUAAGCUGUAAAGUUCCUGAGAUCGCAUAUCUGUAAUUCUGUUCUAUGAUGGUUUUAGCCUCAGAGGGAUAGUAAGGGGACACAUGAUUCAUUUUGAUAAUGAAAUCAAUUAUGCCCACAAACCAUACACAGACACACUCACACAUCAAUAGCAAGUUUUAUGUAAAUCAAAUGUGCUUAACAUUGAAAGAAGCUCAGCCAGAAGUUUAUCCCUGGCCCCAAUCACAUUGACCAUUGAAAUACCCAGAGAGGCUGACAUUUCAGCCAAGAUGGUGGACGGGGCAAUCUGAAACAUCACCCUGUUACAUGCGAAUAGAAGCUGAAUUUAUUAAAAUAUACACAAUCUUUAUGAUUGAUGAGCUCACUAGAACUUAAGGAAAGCUGUUGACCAGUAGACAAAUGCUGGUAUCAGUCCUGAGAUGGAGACAUUCAGCCUUGGGUUGUUGGUAAAGUUGGAGAGCUGAUUCUGAGAGGUCUGUAUUAAGUUAGGCCCUUCCCAGGCAAUUAAUAUUACAAGCUCAUUUUUAAAUCAAAUACAUAAGGCAGUUCUGAUUUUCUUAUGUCUUCUUAUGCUCAUUUAGUUAAGUUGUGAUUUUCAAGGAAUUUUUAUCAUUAUAUUAGAGUUGUUGAAUGUAUUUGCACAAAUGCAUAAAAUCUUUUUAGUAUGUCUUUAAUAUGUACAGGAACUAUAGUCAUAUUUCCUCUUUGAAUUUUGAUAUUGGUGAUUUAUGAUUAUUUCUUUUUGUUUGAUCAG